GGACCCGCAACGGACAUGAGGGAGGAAAUAUCCAAAGAUUCACAGAGAAUCACAAAAACUCAAUUUUCCUUCUCCAACCUUCUUUCCUUUCCUGUAUUCUUGUGUCACCAAACCAAGUUACGCAGUCGUUUACGCAGAGAACUUUUUCCAUCCCACUACGCCUACCAAACUGUUCCACAAUAUUACAUAGAAAAGACCCAAAAUAUUAUUCUCAUACCUCCAUAUUGGAUUCAUAGCAUAGCACCACCAGCCGCCAUGGAUUCACUCUCUUCAGUCUUUCCUUCUUUAGUUCUACCCCCAAAUAAUUCCCUCUGUCCUCCGCAACGGCGCCAAAUGGGUUUCUAUAUUUCUUGUCGUCUGCAGAAUUGUCGCCGUCGUUCGUGUUCUCUCUCCCGUCCGCGCCUGAGCUCACCCGUGAAGCUCUCUAGGAGAUCAUGGAGCAGGCGAGCUUCUAGCAAAUCAGACGGUGGUGGUGGAACCACUGAUGACGACAAAGAUGAUAACGGUACGGAAGAGGUGGAGAGAGCGCUUCACCUAGACGGAGCCAUUCCUGGGACUUCGGACGAGUUCGUGAAGCAGGUCUCGUCACGUGCCUACGAUAUGCGCCGACACCUCCAACAGACCUUCGAUAGCAGCAGCUACGAUGUGGUAGAUUCCAAUCCAUGGAGAGAUCCUUCCAAGCCUGUAUAUGUAUUAACCCAGAGAGAAAACCAAUUGUGUACUAUGAAAAUAAGAAUAAAUCGCAGUGAAGUUGAGAAGGAACUCGGGAUGUUGUUUUCAAAAGGAGGAAAACUGAGAUCGGGAAUUGGAAAUCAGACUGAAAAAUCAGAAAGCGGAUCAAAGUUUCAAAUGCUUGUAGAGGAUGUUCGAGAAGGACUGCUUGUAUUUGAAGAUGAGAAUGAAGCUGUAAAAUACUGUGACUUACUGCAAGGAGGUGGAAAAGGUUGUGAAGGUGUUGCAGAAAUCGAAGCAUCAUCGGUAUUCGAUCUUGUCCGGAAAAUGAAAGCUCUGGCUGUUCUUUUCCGAAGGGGACGAACACCUCCUCUUCCUCAAAGCCUUGAACUCAAUCUAAAGGCUCGCAGGCGAUCCCUGGAAGACCAAGAGGACUCGGUAUGAAUUCUUGCAUUGCCAAGAAGAUAAGUUAUUCAGGGGAAAGGUUAUAGUUGAUGCUGCAAUCUAAUAUAUAAUAUAUAACAUUGUAAAUAAGUAUAAACUGUAACUCGAGAAAAGGGAGAAUGAAAAAAAAAACCGUAACAGCUUAGUACUUUCAGCGAUAUGGUAUCCAAAUUUUACAGUCAACUAUGAAUCAUACAUGUUUUUAUGUAAAUUAGCCUCACACAUGAAACUGAAACAAUAUGAUUUUACCAACCUUGUUAUUUACAUUUUGUUGCAAGUUGGAUUAUCUGGCUUUAA